AUGCUGAAGAAAGCCCUUCAGAAUGCUCCACCCGCUAGAGAUUUUAUGGGAGCUCUUAGAGCUGCCCAUCUACGAACUGGACUGCCUGGUUUGGUUGCCGAAGUAAAGAGGGCUUCUCCCAGCUGGGGAAUCAUUGGAGUGGAUUUUGAUCCAGUUGAAAUUGCCCAAGCCAAUGAGAACGGUGGAGCAGCAUGCCUCAGUGUUUUGACAGAUGAAAAGUAUUUUAAGGGUAGCUUUGAAAAUUUGGAGGCAAUAAGGAGGGCUGGAGUAAAGGUCUGCCCUUUACUGUGCAAAGAAUUCAUAAUAGAUGCAUGGCAGAUCUACUAUGCCCGAACUAAAGGUGCAGAUGCAGUGCUUUUGAUUGCUGCUGUUUUUCCUCAUCUUGACAUCAGAUACAUGAUUAAGGUCUGCAAGAUGCUUGGUUUAGCAGCAGUUCAUGAUGAGAAGAAAAUGGAUCUUGUUCUUGGAAUAGAGGGGAUUGAGCUUAUUGGUACAAUCAUAACCUUGGUAAAAACAUUUAAGGUUGAUAUUAAUAACACAAAAAAGCUUCUUCAAGGAGAGCAUGGCCAAAGGAUCCGUCAAAAAGACAAUAUCGUAGUUGGUGAAUCUGGGCUAUUUACUCCUGAUCAUAUUACAUUGUACAAGAAGCUGGUGUCAAAGCUGUUUUGGUUGGGGUGUCAAUUGUGA